UACAGGUGAAUUGUCAAUGGAACAAGAUGAACAGAAAACUGAAGGUUUUCAACUUAGAGAAAUAAUGCAGGGCAUUUCCAGCAUACAAACAACGCUAGCUAAUUUCAUGUUACGACUCGAUGGUCAGGGUAAGCAUCUAGACGAUAUUACAAAAGAAAUUAGAGCCAAAAAUGGUAUUCAGGAGAGGCUAGAGAAUGUCCAGGAGCAGGCCAAUGAUACUAUCUACCUCGUAACAGAGUUGCAGAACAAUCAGAAGAAAAUGGAGAGAGAAUUAAAUAGACUCAGAGAUUAUGUAGUUAAGCUUGAAUGUCGUGUGAACACGCAAAAUAGUAAAAUUAUCGACCUAAAAUCAAGAUCAAUGGAGAACAAUAUUAUUAUCAGUGGGUUGGAGGAAAAGAGUCCAGAGAGAAAGUCCCCGGAAAAUCUCGCUAGUAUUCUUAGGAAUGUUUUCAUCUCUGAAAUGGGGAUGGAAGAGGCAACAGUAAACGAAUUCCGAAUAAAGAAACUUUUCUGCAUGGGGGAGUAUGAUGUACAAAGAAAGUUCCCGAGACCCAUCUGUGUACAAUUCAGUGAUAAGAAUCAAAAAGACCUUGUGAUGAAGCAUAUUAAAGUCUUGAAAGAAAAAGAAUCAGUUUUAAGAGUAGCCCAGCAGCAGCCGGAAGAGAUCCGAGAGAGGAGAAAGCAACUCUACGAAGUUCAAAAGAAUUAUGCGGAAUGCAGUAUCGAGUCAAAAUUCAAAGGUGAUAAACUUGUGUUCACGCAAAGAAACUCAGUUUACCGGGAGAAAGUUGGACCUCUGCCUACCGCAGACGAAGUGAUCAGAAAUGACGUGGUUAAUACUGCCGUUAGUACAGGAAAGUCCAUAGAAGAUAACGGGAACCGGUUCAUAGCACACGCUACGCAGGUCGACUCCUACAAACAGAUCAAGAAAUCGCUGGUGGAUAUCAUGCGUGUCGAGACGGUGCCAAGUGCGAGUCAUAAUAUUUACGCCUACCGUUUCUCACGUAGUGAUGGAGUGGUGCACGAAGGCUCAAAUGACGAUGGAGAGCAUGGAGCUGGUAGGUUGUUAUUAAACAUAG